AUUCACUCUUAUUGCAUCUCGUCAACCCAUCUGCGCAUCGGGCGUGGGGUCGUAGACUUCUUCUUGAUUAAAGUUCGCGUCUUUUUUUCAAUUGCAAAUCCAGUAUCUCCGCUUGAGCACGUCAGCCAACGCCCGCACGAAUAACAAACCUCACGCGAAAUGAUGCACGCCUGAGCAUACAUUCGACCUCAAUCAAUCUGUAUCCGAUCUCUAUAUCUGUCGCAAGGUAUAUCUGCCUAGAUAAGUGGGCGCAUUCGUCAUGGGAAGCUCAAAGCGGAAACUCGACAACUUCGAUCCCAACAAGUCCGAUUCAAACGACACGGACUUCGACCCGUCGGAAGAUAGACCACGGAAGUCUGCCAAGAAGUCACGAUCCCACGGGAAGAGAGCGUCGGCGGCACCGCGAAAACGUACCAGAUAUAGAGGCUCCGACGUGACGGACGACGAUGAGGAGGACAGCUUGUUAGAAGACUCAUUCUCAGAACCAGAGGAGGAAGAGGAAGUCGAGAUGAACGAGAAGACGGGGAGAGCGGUGCGCAAAGCUGCCAAGAAAGAGGUCAAUUACGAGGAGAACAGUGAUAGCGACAUUCAGGACAUUGUUCCUGACGACGACGACAGCGAGGAGGAAGUUACAUCUAAGCGACCGAUUAGACGUCCCCGAGGUGCUGCUGCAUCGGCUGAGGCCGAGAGCGAUAAGGAGGUUAUACCAGAGAAGAAACCAGCACUGGUCGUGAAGUUGAAGGUUAAAAACAGCGCUAUUCAACCAGGCCGCACCACGAGAGCUGGCAGUGCGGCUCGCACGCGUGCAGGAGCAAGCGCAGAACCUACCAGUGCUGGAAUCUCAACCCGAAGAACAACACGCGGUCGCACAGAAGAGGGUGACGAGCCAAUCGAAUUGUCAACCUCAGGCCGUCACGUAAUACGAGCUUCUCGAAGUCCAGAGCCCAUCGGACGUGCUAGGUUGACCCGAGGUGCGAAAGGUGUCAAGAAGCCUGCUUCUACCAUCAAGGAGGAAGUACACGAGACGAGCUCAUACGAACAAGGCGAAGACGUGCCUACCGAGAUUGCUGGCACCGACGAGCAGGAAGAGGCAGAUGCUGCUCCUACCGAAAUCCCCGACGACUCUGCUGCCCCUGUUGAGGACGAAGAUGCGGAUGGGGGUGAGGCGCAGACAGCAGUGGGUCUCGACGACGAAGAAUCUGAUGAUCUUCCUCUAGCGCGUACGGGGCGGACAAGGAGUACUCGAGCGAAUGCUGCGGACUCAGCCGUUGUUUCGGAUAUCGCAGAAGAUACGACCGCUGCCGAAACCACAGGAGGAUCUCGUCGCUUAACUCGGGGUUCCAAAUCAAAGCAACGCAAGACCGGGGCCGAGGCAAGCAGUGAUUUCGAGCCUCCUGAGGAGCCUUCUGAUGAUGAGAUUUCGGCAUCCGAUGCAGAGCCUGAGAAGACCAAAGCUGAUGAUAAUGAUGAUGAAUACGAAUCAAGCCCAGUAAGAAGAGGGAGACGCGGUGCGUCUGGAAAGUCAAAGAGUACCUCUAGAAGGCGUGGGAAUCGUGCCUCUGAUGAUGAAAUUGAGCUUGAUGAAGAUGAGUUAGCAGAAGAACUCCAGGACCUGAAAUCGGGAACUCGGAGACGCCCUCGACGCGACCCUGAUAUUCUAUACGAGGUGAAAGGUCGUCGUGAAAGAAAGCCUGUGGAUUACAGCAUCAAGCCAAUGGAUCAGAUAUAUGCCGCUGAUGAGGACGAAGAAGACGCAGCUCCAACACCUACUCGAAGGGGUAGAGGAGGUCGCAGUGGCGCCAGCCAACCCUGGGAACGAAAUCUAUACACCACUUUCGGUCCAUUCGGUGGGGGUGGAGGUCCGACACCAGUCAUUGGCGGACCGUGGGGUACUGGCGCUACUGGUGGUGUUGAUUCCGAUAGUAGCGACGACGAAACACUUCAGCGUCCGACUAAUGUAGGAGGAAAUGCGGGAAUGACACCUACGUCUGCAUUUCCGUCUGGAUUACUCGCGCCGCUUGGCCAAACGAACAAUGACCCCACUGCAACGCUCUCUGGUACCCCCGCCAAUCUCGGCAAGGUCAAGAGCCAGAAAGCUCUGGCUGACGCUGAUCCCCUUGGUGUCGAUCAGAAUGUCGACUUCUCGAAGGUUGGUGGUCUUGCAGGCCACAUUGACCAAUUAAAGGAAAUGGUUCAGAUGCCACUGCUAUACCCAGAACUAUUUAUGAAGUUCCACGUCACUCCUCCUCGAGGCGUCCUAUUCCAUGGACCUCCUGGUACUGGUAAAACUCUCCUUGCGAGGGCCCUUGCGGCUAGUGUGGGAACUGGCGGACGAAAGAUCACAUUCUACAUGCGCAAAGGUGCGGACGCUCUGAGCAAAUGGGUUGGUGAAGCAGAGAGACAACUACGGUUGCUUUUUGAAGAGGCAAGGAAGACACAGCCUAGUAUCAUUUUCUUCGAUGAAAUUGAUGGCCUUGCUCCUGUUCGGUCGAGUAAACAGGAACAGAUCCAUGCUUCCAUUGUCUCCACAUUGCUUGCACUGAUGGAUGGUAUGGAUGGCCGAGGGCAAGUCAUCGUUAUUGGUGCGACGAACAGACCCGACAACAUCGACCCAGCUCUGCGGCGACCUGGGCGCUUUGACAGAGAGUUUUACUUCCCUCUUCCCGAUUUCGAGGGUCGCAAAUCUAUUCUCAACAUUCACACGAAAGACUGGGGAAUAGAUGACAAGUUCAAAGAGUCUCUCGCCCAUGUCACAAAAGGCUAUGGAGGUGCUGAUCUGCGGGCUCUCUGUACUGAAGCUGCCCUUAAUGCCAUCCAGAGAACCUAUCCUCAAAUCUACUCUUCGAAUGAAAAACUCAUAGUCGAUGCAGACAAGAUCAAAGUCACGGCCAAGGAUUUCAUGCUAUCUAUAAAGAAAAUGGUUCCUUCAUCCGAACGAUCAACUUCUUCGGGUGCAGCUCCACUUCCCAGACUGGUUGAGCCGCUUCUUCGAGAUCAGCUUAAGGCAAUAGAGGGUAUUGUGGAUAGCUUGAUUCCUAUCAGGAAGAAGACAACAGCUUUAGAAGAGGCUCUGUAUGAACAGUACGAUGAUGAUGACCAUGGUUUUGGACGGGAGACCAUGCAACAAGAAUUCGAGAAAUCACGUGUGUUCCGCCCACGACUGCUCAUCGGUGGUGAACCGGGCAUGGGACAAGCCUAUAUCGGUGGUGCUCUAUUGAAUCACUUUGAAGGCCUACAUGUUCAAAGCUUUGACCUCCCUACGAUCUAUAGUGAUUCCACCAGGUCUGCCGAGACCGCAAUCGUGCAAUUAUUUGCUGAAGUCAAACGCCACAAACCGAGUGUCAUAUAUCUGCCAGCAAUUGACACAUGGUACCAUACUAUAAGUGAAGCUGUGCUUACUACCUUCCUUGGGCUGCUUCGAGCUAUCCCUCCUACCGAUCCUGUAUUGGUUCUAGGCAUUACCGAUAACCCACCCGACAAAGUGAAUCCGGAACUGGUUCGAGAUUUGUUUGGAUUCUCAAAGAAAAACACUUUCCUGAUUAACCGGCCUUCUCGAGCUAAUCGAGAGGAAUUCUUUUCUAACAUUAUCACGUAUGUGAGAAAGGCACCCAAGGACUUCCCAGAGCCAAUGAACCGCAAGAAGAGAAAGCUCGAGAAGCUCGAAAUCGCUCCUCCUCCUCCACCUCCUAGACCUCCAACCAAGGAGGAGAUUAAAGCACAGAAGAAAAAGGACCAUCAACUCCUGAACUUAUUGAAGGUUCAAAUCCAGCCAAUCAUGGACCAGAUAAAUAGGAAGUACAAGAAAUUUCGGACUCCUGUAAUCCCACAAAGUCAGAUCCAGUAUUUGUACGACGAAAUGGAUCCCAAUUUUGUACGCCCAGACAUACCACAAUUUCGACCAUUUGAGUUGGGUGUAAACAAGGAUGGUGUGAAAGGGUUACGUGAAACUGCCAGUGGGAAAUUUUUCUACAAUUUAGAAACAACGACGAUCGAGGAACGUCUGUCAAAUGGCUUUUAUGCGCGACCCAAGGAUUUCCUAGCUGACAUCAGAUCCCUGGCGAAAGAUGCAAAACACAUUGGUGACAAGGAUCGGGCUUUGAAGGCAAAAGAGCUUCUUGCCAAUGUUGAGGUCGAUAUUGCAGCAAUCGAGGCUCAGCCUGCUUUUGCUGAUUGCGAGAACGUCUAUCUAAGACAGCUGCAACGAGCGAAGGAAAAGGAGGAGAAGCUCAGGAAGAGAGCAGCAGAAAUCGCCGGGUUUGAUUCUGUUGUCCGGUCUGACAUUACAGACAGCGGAGUAGCCCUUGGUGAAGCCGUUCCGGGUAGACUGCCCACCGCGUUGGCAACCCCUGUACGCUCAAGUGGUCUGUCGAAUGGUGUAUCAGCAGGGUCCGAACAUUCACAGUCCCAUAAUGGGACCUCAGUCCCUUCACGCCAAAAUGGUGACGACGUCCAUAUGACUGGAACAGAGGAUCAUGACCAGCAGGCAUAUUCAAAUUCUCAAGGGAUGCAACCUCCUGAUAAGCGACGGCAGGCGAUUCUCCGGGGUUCCUCGAACCCUUCAAACCACACCACCGGCGCAAACACUCAAAUUUCUCAGCGAUCAGCCUUCCAGGAAAUAUCACAUGACACCUCCCCUUCUGCGUUGAUCAACGAUGCAUCCACAACAACAUCUGGCAAGAAGACAUCGGAUGGAUGGAGCACGCAGGCUACCAAUGGGAUUGGUGGCCAUUCAUCCAGUCCUGUAGAAAAACCUGCACACGAUUCCCAACUACCAGAUACCCAACGAAAUUCCGAGAGUCAGCAAAAUAACACUCAGGGCGACACCAGCAGUGACGAUCCAUGGCCCCAUUCACAGGCUCAUGGUCUUGCUCGUGGCAAUAUUGUACAGACGUAUGGUUCUCAAACUCCAAGUUCAGGGAGCUCGUACUCCCAGAACCCCGCAGUACCACCAUUUAAUGCACCCUCUCGUCAGCCCUCGGCAGUCAAGAAGGCAAGCAUGGCUAAUAUUCUUAACGAUUCUCCUGUCGAUCCAGCUUCACAGACCUCUUCGCAGAAAGAAAUUAUCACCGACGAGUUUUUCCUCGAUGACCUGCUGAAAAGACUUGUAGAGGGCUCUAGCGGAUGUUCGAUUGAGCAGUUAGAGCAAAUCAAUCGCGAGCUGAUGGAUACAUUGUGGGCAAUGAGAGGAGAGUACAAUCGAAACCGCGUGGCGGCCAAGUUGGUGGAUGUGUUCAAUGACACCAUCACCGAUAUCGAGGCGAUGCAGAAGGUUCUUCAGGCGAGUCAAGAAUCGCAGUUGCAAUCAUAAUGAGGCUCGGGGAAAGUGAACGGUAGGAUGGGGGCGUACGGUUUGGGAAUUUAGUCGUGUGGAACGGACUUGGGAUUUUGAAUUUGUAUUACAGCAAUGCGGGAUUCGGCAAGAUUGUAUAACAAGAGAAUGGAUGACAUUUAUCUGUGAAUAUCCUCAGCUGCAGUGAUUGGUGUGCAUCGGCCAAGUGAUAUAAGGU